AUGGCGGCAUUGCCUCCGGAGAGGUCCGAAAUUACACGUCCAUUUGCUAAUACUGGCAUAGAUUUUGCAGGACCAAUCGAUGUCAAAAGCUAUUCAGGCCGAGCAUGUAAAAUUUCCAAGGGAUACGUAUGCGUAUUUGUCUGUUUCUCCACAAAGGCAAUCCAUCUUGAAGCCACAUCUGACUUGUCCACACAAGCGUUUCUUGCGGCCUUUAGUCGGUUCGUUUCUCGUCGAGAAUGUCCGUUAAAUCUUUAUUCCGAUAACGGUACUACAUUUGUGGGCGCUUCUAGGAUUCUGGCAAGAGAAUUUAUCCAAACAUCCCAACAACGCAUCAUAGCUGAUUAUGCUCAUCAUAAUAUUUCGUGGCAUUUUAUACCUGCGGCGGCUCCUCACAUGGGUGGACUUUGGGAGGCUGGAGUAAAGUCUUUUAAGACACAUUUCCGCAAAAUAACCGGUUGCUAUAAAUAUACAUUCGAAGAGUUAACAACUCUAUUGUCCAAAAUUGAAUCAUGUCUUAAUUCCCGGCCAAUUUCAACUGAUCCCACAGAUCUCUGUACACUGACCCCAGGACAUUUUCUAAUCGGAACUCUAAUUCUAGCACCUAUUGAUCCCCAAGUUGAUGAUUCGUCCAUUUCGUUAAUAAAUAGGUGGCAGAGACUUAAGCUUAUCCACCGAAACUUGUGCCUGCGUUGGAAAAAUGAAUAUUUGAAAGAGAUGAACAAACGAGUUAAAUUGCAGAGACCUGAGGUAAACCUUCAGGAAGGUAUUAUGGUAGUUAUCAAGGAUGAAAACCUCCCACCGAACUCGUGGAGACUCGGUCGAAUUGUUAAAAUAUAUUCUGGUCCGGACAAUCGCGUACGCGUAGCUGAUGUUUUAACUCAACGCGGAUUAAUAACUCGACCUGUUGUUAAACUUAUAGUAUUGCCUGCCGUAUAG